AUGGACAGAACGGAGACUAGGUUCUGUAAGAGGGGACAGAUUACGGGAAAGAUCACGACCAGCCGUCAACCGCACCCCCAGAAUGAGCAGAGUCCCCAGCGGAGCACCUCGGGGUACCCCCUCCAGGAGGUGGUGGAUGAUGAAGUGUUGGGACCAUCAGCCCCUGGGGUAGAUCCCAGCCCCCCAUGUAGGUCCCUUGGCUGGAAAAGGAAGAAGGAGUGGUCAGAUGAAUCUGCGGAGGAGCCGGAGAAGGAGCUCGCCCCUGAGCCUGAGGAGACCUGGGUAGUGGAGACGCUGUGUGGGCUCACGAUGAAGCUGAAGCAACAGCGAGUGUCACCCAUCCUCCCUGAGCACCACAAGGACUUCAACAGUCAGCUUGCCCCUGGGGUAGAUCCCAGCCCCCUGCAUAGGUCCUUUUGCUGGAAAAGGAAGAUGGAGUGGUGGGACGAAUCUGAGGAGUCAUUGGAGGAGGAGCCACGGAAGGUGCUCGCCCCUGAGCCUGAGGAGAUCUGGGUGGCGGAGAUGCUGUGUGGCCUCAAGAUGAAGCUGAAGCGACGGCGAGUGUUGCUCGUGCUCCCUGAGCACCACGAGGCCUUCAACAGGCUGCUUGAGGAUCCUGUCAUUAAAAGAUUCCUGGCCUGGGACAAAGAUCUGAGGGUGUCGGACAAGUAUCUCCUGGCUAUGGUCAUAGCGUAUUUCAGCCGGGCUGACUUCCCCUCCUGGCUAUACCAACGCAUUCAUUUCUUCCUGGCUCUCUACCUGGCCAAUGACAUGGAGGAGGAUGACGAGGACUCCAAACAAAACAUCUUCCACUUCCUGUAUGGGAAGAACCGCUCUCGCAUACCCUUGCUCCGUAAGCGUUGGUUCCAGUUAGGCCGUUCCAUGAACCCGAGGGCCAGGAAGAACCACUCUCGCAUACCCUUGCUCCGUAAGCGUCGGUUCCAGUUACGCCGUUGCAUGAACCCGAGGGCCAGGAAGAACCGCUCUCAGAUAGUCCUGUUCCAGAAACGUCGGUUCCACUUCUUCUGUUCCAUGAGCGGCAGGGCUUGGGUUUCCCUGGAGGAGUUGGAGGAGAUCCAGGCUUAUGACCCAGAGCACUGGGUGUGGGCGCGAGAUCGCGCUCGCCUUUCCUAGAGCUCCAGGGACCGUGGAGGCCUGAGGUCAUCGGCCUGAGAGAAGGUACAUCUGCAUCCUCCGGGGUAAAGGCAGAAUAUUGGGGUCUAUUUCGGAAAUCCGAAGAACCCAAUUGCUUGAUCCGGCUUCAAGCCUGGGCAACGUGGCGAGAUCCCCUCUCCACAAAAAUACAAAAAUUAGCCAGGCGAUGUGGGACGCAUCUCUACUCCCAACUACUCAGGAGGCUGAGGCGGAAGGAUCGCUGGAGCCUGGAAGGUCGGGGCUGCACGGAGCCCUGAUCCUGCCACUGCACUCCAGUCUGGGCGACAGAGUGAGACCCUGCCUCAAAAAUAAUCAUAAAUACUGAGUUUGGGGAGGUUCAUUAUGAUUGACGCACUUGAGUUACCGAUUUGGGUCGAGGGUUCAGUGAAGCUUUGGUUUACAUCUUGUGCAGCUAACCACGUUGAGCACAGAGCAUGAGACUUCAUCAUGAGGAGGUAGGAUUAAGGAUUAGGCUUCUGGACUCGUGGUUCAUGAUGUUGUCACAUUAGAAACACAUCUAGCAUGGUUACAAGUCUGGAUCUUAAGUGACACAAAAGGCCCCAGCUGUAAUGAAGUCCAAAGCCACAUUCUCUGAGGGUGCCCUACUCCCUGGGCAGACCCACCCAAAGUCCUUGCUAUGAAGCAGAUCACUGGGGCUGACCUUGGGUGUAUUAAGUGAGUUUUGGAGUCGUGGUCACCAAAGUGUGAGUUUCACAGUUGAACACGAUGGUUCAGAAGCAGGGUAUAGAAUGAAAGGCAGCAGAUAAAAUUGCAUUUCUCAAUUGCUCUGAACUCUAGACUUGACAUGGGACGUGAAUAACCUUCCUGUCUAGAGAGCUGCCUCCUUGAAGUGUGACAUUGUCUCUCUCACUUCCAGAACACCGGACCCAGGGGAGAUGUGGAUUUUCAGCAGGAACUUUAUUCCAAUGCUAAUGGCAGACACCAGGCAGGAGGAGAGGAACCAUUUGUGCAGAUCACCUAGAAGAACCUGGACCAUUCUUGAUGGAGCUGAAUACAGUCAUCACGUUGUCCUCCUAGGAGCAGGGGUGGGGGGAGGGGGGUGGGGUCCUUCUAGGAGUCCUUGGAGAAAAGUAAGAAACCAGGAGUGUUUCCAGUUCCACCCUUUCCUGCGGCACCACCACCCUUUUUAUAUUGCUGAAUUCCAACCUCCCUGGGGCUGUUUCUUACGGACUUGGUUGCCACAGUCCAGGAGCAUUUGAAGGCACAAUGCAGGGGCUCAGAUUGGCACAGAAUUCUUUUGUGAAAUAUCAGUGCCACAGAUUGUAACAGAUAGCUUCAUGCACACUCUGCAUUUUAUUGGUUUGUUUGGAAAAUGUCAGCCAUUGAAUUAUUCAUAGAUUUAUUUCAAAUAGUUUGGAAAUUGUUGUACUUUUGAAAACAUGCUGUUCCUGUAGUUUUUUGAUGAGAAUUAUAGUUGUUAUAUAUACAUAAAGAUAAUUUUCUUUUCAUUUUUAAGAGACAAUUCUUUUUAUCCUAAAUAUUUUAUUAUCUUUAAAUUUGUUUCUGUAUUAUUAUAUGUGCUCCUGAAGCGAGCACUCUUUUUAUCUAUGAUACUUCCAUAAUAAUCUCUUCUAUUUAUAGCUAUUGGUAGUUCCCCACCAGAAAAAAACAUAAUUCUGGUGAUAGAAAUUUUUAUUUGCUGUUUAGGUUUGUGACUGAAUUGUGAGAAUUCAGUUGUGAUUUUUAACAUGUCUCAGAUAUAUAUACUAACAUGUCUAAUAUAUACUAUCUAUUUUAUUGGUUUAUUUUGAAAAA